AUGUUCAGUUUUCAUUUGAAUGUAAAGAGGGAGAUCCUGUCAGUCCUGAGAGAGCAGAAGAUCCCGAUCAAGAUCCUAAGGACAUUCUUUACGAAAUGCAACUCAGAAGAUGCAACAGUGAGCGACAUCUCAGCGGUGACGAUUUCAGAUCCGUCGUUCCCUUUCGGCUUUAAUUCCACCCAGUUUGAUCUGUAUCUGGACAUCUCCGUCCUGCAGUACAACCUGGCAGCCAUCACUGAGAAAGUGGUGGACAUCAGCCUCCAGACUGUCAUUCUGAAAAAGUUAAACCAGAUUUACCCAUCAGGCCUUGAUGAUGGUGUGCUGCAGCUUCUUGGCUCCACUUCUCGUGUGGCCACUACAGAUGACAUCAGCAAGUGGAACAUUAACAUGAUUGACACACUCUACUCUUUAAUGGACCCAAACAAUGGACCCUGGGACCCACACAUGAGUCAAGCACUGAUUAUGAGGUAUUUGAGCACGGAGGAUCACUAUCUGGAAAGUGCGGAAAUAAACGCAAUCGGUUCCAACAUCUGUACUUUAAACGUCAGUGUACUGCAAACCAUCACUGCUGAGAGCCUAAAGAAGGUCCUGUCUCCAGAUCUGUCGUCAUGUUCUAUUGAACAAAAAUCUGUUCUGUACAUCAUCGCCAACUCUUCAUUCAGCAAUGAACACAGCAAUACCCUGACAUUCUACAAUUUUAUAACACCUUACCUGGGUGGAGCUCCUCUGGAAGACAUACAAACCCUUUCAACUUAUAACAUCAGCAUGGAUAUAACUGUGUUCUCUAGUCUGAUUCCUGCUGUUGUUAUGGCUCUCAAUGUGACCACCGUCAAAGCCCUAAUGGGGGUAAAUGUGGCUGACUUAAAGCUGUUUGUGAACUCUCCAGCAGUUCAUUCUUGGGUUUUACAACAGAGCCAGUCUGAAUUAGAUAUGCUGAAUCUUGACAUCAUUAAAACCAGCAGUAAUAAUUAUACUGCAAAUAUCAGUACAAUCGCUCCUCAUACUGAAACAACAACUAUCAUAGCCAUUGUUACCAAUUUAACUGCAAUGACAAAAAUGAACACAUCUGCCAUUACCAAUGCCAUCCUUAACACCACUGCUUCUCCCGCUACAAGUUUCCAAACCACCCCUUUUGUUGGAACAACUGUCAAAACGCCUAGUACUAACAAUACCAUUCUCACCACCACUACUUUUCCUGCUACAAGUUUUAAAGCCGCCUCUUCUGUUGGAACAACUGUCACAAUGCCUGGUACUAACAAUAGCAUUCUGACCACCACUGCUCCUACCACUACAAGUUUCAAAACCACUUCUUCUGUUGAAACAACUGUCAAAACCCCUGGUAUUAACAAUACAAUCCUUACGACCACUGCUUCUCCCGCUAAAAGUUUCCAAACCACCCCUUCUGUUGGAACAACUGUCAAAACGCCUGGAACAACUGUCAAAAUGCCUGAUACUAACAAUACCAUCCUCACUACCACUGCUUCUCCUGCUACAAGUUUUAAAACCACC